UUAUCCCAAACAGAUCAACCAGAUAAGCCUUCUUCUUCUUCUUCUUCUUCUUCUUCUCUGUGUUGUCAUGGCUGUGUCGAAGUUUCUCGCAGUGUUUGGUUUACUCUUAGUUUUCUGCAACAAUGGCGUAGAGGGAUCUCACAAGAUUUACGCUCAGUAUCAAAACGUCAAAGCUGUCAAGGUUAAUCCAGUCCACAGAACUGGCUAUCACUUUCAGCCUCCCAUGAACUGGAUCAACGACCCAAAUGGACCUAUGUACUACAAAGGGCUGUACCAUCUGUUCUACCAAUACAACCCUAAUGGAGCAACGUGGGGGAACAUAGUUUGGGCUCAUUCUGUGUCAAAGGAUUUGGUUAAUUGGCAAGCUCUUAAACAUGCACUUUACCCAUCAAAAUGGUUUGAUAUAAAUGGAUGUUGGUCUGGUUCAGUAACUAUUCUUCCAGGAAACAAGCCUGUUAUCCUUUACACUGGAAUAGACCCGAACGACCGUGAAAUCCAAAAUUAUGCUGUACCUAAAAACUUGUCCGACCCAUACCUUCGCGAUUGGAUCAAGCCCGAUGACAAUCCGAUGGUGGAUCCGGAUUCAAAUGUCAAUGCCAGUGCAUUUCGUGACCCUACUACUGCUUGGUGGGUUGAUGGGCAUUGGAAGAUUGUGGUGGGGAGUAGAAGACAUCAUAGAGGUAUGGCAUACUUGUAUAGGAGCAGAGAUUUUAAGACAUGGAUUAAGGCUAAACACCCUCUUCAUUCGGUUCCAAGAACGGGUAAUUGGGAGUGUCCGGAUUUCUUCCCGGUUUCAUUAUCCGGCCAAAAUGGGUUGGAUACUUCAGUUGUUGGGGAAAAUGUGAAGCAUGUAUUCAAGGUGAGCUUGGACAUUACAAGAUAUGAUUAUUACACUGUGGGUACUUAUGAUAGGACGAGGGACAAAUAUAUUCCGGAUAACACGUCAGUUGAUGGGUGGGCUGGCCUUAGAUUUGAUUAUGGAAACUUUUAUGCUUCUAAGAGUUUCUUUGACCCAAGCAAGAGCAGGAGGGUUUUGUGGGGUUGGGUUAAUGAGUCUGAUACUGCAGCGGAUGAUAAUAGCAAAGGAUGGGCUGGAAUUCAGGGUGUUCCACGAAAGAUUUGGCUAGAUUCAAGUAAAAGACAAGUGGUUCAAUGGCCUGUUGAAGAAUUGGAAACUUUAAGAAGGAAAAAGAUUGAAUUGGGUAUUCAAAAGCUCAAAAAGGGAGAAAAAGUUGAAGUCAAACGCAUCACUGCUACUCAGGCUGAUGUUGAAGUUACCUUCUCAUUUCCAAGCCUUGAGAAAGCUGAACCAUUUGACCAUAAAUGGGCUGACAUUGAUGCACAAGGUGUUUGUGCUGAAAAGGGAUCAACAGAUCAAGGUGGUCUUGGACCAUUUGGGCUCUUAACAUUAGCUUCAAAGGAACUUGAAGAAUUUACUCCUGUUUUCUUCAGAGUCUUCAAAGCAGGAAACAGGCAUAAAGUUCUCCUUUGCUCUGAUGCAAGAAGCUCUUCCCUGCGAGAGGGACUGUAUAAGCCUUCUUUUGCUGGGUUUGUUGACGUGGAUUUAUCGACUAAGAGACUUUCACUUAGGAGUUUGAUUGAUCACUCAGUGGUGUCAAGUUUUGGAGAAGGAGGCAAGACUGUGAUUACAUCUAGGGUUUAUCCUACUUUGGCAGUAUUUCAUAAAGCUCAUUUAUUUGUGUUCAAUAAUGGAUCUGAAACUAUCACAGUGGAGAAAUUUAAUGCUUGGAGUAUGAAGAAUCCUAUAAUGAAUAGAGGCUUUGAGACUGCUUAAAGAAGUGAGAAUGCGGUAAAAAAGGAACUGUUUGAGCUAUAGACAUAACAAUGAAAUAAGAAUCCUCUCGCUAUGGGUUUACUCUGUCUUAAUAAUUUUAAGUUUUGUAACAUCCAAUAAAGAGAGCUAUGUAACUGCUCAAGUGUACGAGAUUUUAAGAAAACAAAGAAAAUCUUAAUUAGCAUGUUUUUUUCUUCUUAAUCAUCAAUUCAGUAUCAUUCAAAUAUCACUGGCCAAUGGACACCAACUGCCUUGUUCAAAAUUUCCUUUGCAAAAUGUAAAGGAAUUCACUUCACAAAACAGAGCCCUUGACAACUUGUAUGGCAAGGGAACAACAGCUGAGCCAAAAGACGUUUGUGAACCAUUCACUCACUCAAUAACUGAAUAAGGGUCAAGCUCCAUUGAUGAAUUUCAGCUCCCAACCAAUUCAUCUCUGCAAAUU